UCUCACCAAAUUUUUUUUGUCCAUCUUUUUGUUUCAAAAAAGUUGGGAGGGAGGUAUGUAUUUUGGGGACUUUGUGUGAAAUUUUUGUGCCUUUGUGUAGCUAGAAUGGUAAUCUCAGGGCCUAUGUUGAUUCCCAGUCCAGACCUAGUUCAUACCAGUCAUGGUUAUUUUUCAAUUAUGUGACACAUUCUGCAUGAACUGUGUUAGUCCAUGUAAAAAUAUUUAUAUUUUUCUCAUUUUUAUUACAGUGAAAGAACUUCAAACACGUUGGAAGAAUAUUAAGGAUUGCUUCCGUAGGGAAGUUUCCUUACAGAAGAAUGAUUCACGUAGUGGCGCCUCACCCUCAAGACGAAAGAAAUAUAUCUAUGCUGACAGGCUGCUUUUCCUGGUCCCCACUUUUACCACAAGACAAACUUCUGGCAAUGUAGAAAAUGAGCAACAGGAGGAAAAUGAGGAAAAUGUUGGUGAAAGUGAAAAUAUUGGAGAAACAUCAUCUGGAACAUCAUCGGGCAGCCCUAGUGCCAGUACCAGUAACACUUUGCAUCCCCUUCGACUCUCUCAGGCUGCAAACAAACAGUCAGGGAAAAGAAAAAGGAGCAGCUCUGAAAUUGCAUCGGGAGAUGUCAAAGAGAUGAUCUCUAUGCUAUGCACUUCGCUAUCUACCCGAGGUGGUCCCAAGAACACUUACCAACAUGAGGAGACUCCAGAAUUUUCAUUUUUAACUGGAUUACUGCCCACAAUUAUGACAAUUCCGCAGGCACAAAGACAAUCUCUUCAAGUUGAGAUGACAAAACUUGUUUAUAGAUAUGUGCCACCAAGUGGUGUGCAAUCACCGAACAUUCCCAUUCCACCUCAGCAUUACCCCAUGCCACAAACGCCAGGAACAGGAAACUCUUGGUACCAAUAUCAGUAUCCAUCCCAAAACACACUCUCAGACCCAUAUCAUUAUCCUUCCCAAAACUCCCACACAGACCUUUAAUUUAUAAAUUCUAUAGAAGGGCGCUUUAAUUUAUAAUUUUAAUUUAUAUAACACUUACACUGUUUCAUUUAGAUUUAGCACAUGUUGUAUAUUGUUUUAUGUUUAUGUGUUGUUCUUUUCUAUUGUUGACAAGUAUGCACUUUGGUGGUUUUAUGUUUGCCCUUUGUUGACGGGAAUGGAGAUGGGCGGCUGCACUUUUGCACUUUUGGUCCGAAAAGUGAAUAGGAAUGUUUUUUUUUACCAUAAUUAUUAUAAUAAAACUUUUUUUAUACUGAAACGUUAUUGUUUAUGAUUAUUAAUAGGACUGACAACUAUCGUAGAAGUAAAAAUUUUUUUAUAAUAUAAAAUUAGAAGAAAAGGCAAAAAACAUGCCAUAUGUACAUACAAAAAUAAAAUAACAAAAAAAUUUUUUAAGGGUGGCGCUGGUGCUGCAGGUUUUCCAGGGCCAACACCCUUGCCUUUAGCU